UACAUCAUUCUUGAGUUUUAUGGGCCUCAACCAGGUGCUAUAAAGAUAGAGAGGUCACGUGAUGGGUAUGCAUUUCAGCCUUGGCAGUACUUUGCAGAGAACUGUGUCAAAUCAUUCAAUAUGUCAAACAAUGGUCCAYUAGCGGAGUCAGACUCUGUUAACUGUAUUCAAUAUGAACUGCCUCURAAAUCAUCAGGUGCUUCAGUGUCCUUCAAGACCGAACAACCACCAACACCAGGCUCGUMYGUACCAAUAYGGCCAUUUGGAUCCYCAUGUGAUAAUCUCUACUGUUCCAAAAARCUGUUGGAAUUCCUGAAAGCUUCACACGUGAAAUUCUCUUUUUAYAACCAUACGUUGGUGAAAAAUGAAAAGCACCGAUACUUUGCUUUAAACAGGAUCGUUGUUGCUGGCAGGUGCGAGUGUUUUGGUCAUGCAAAAGAAGCUACGUACAAUGCAACACACAAAAAAUGUGUUUGCCAUUGUGAGCCAUCGACUUUCACUGAAGGCGAAAAGUGUGAUCGCUGCCAGGCACUGUACAACAACAAGGCAUUCCAAAGAGGCAGUCAUUCAGACAGCUUUCCAUGCAUUAAAUGCCAGUGCAAUGGCCAUGCAUCACGAUGCUACUACAAUGAAUCUCUGGACCCCAACCCGGACUCAAGAACUGACGGAGGAGGGGGAGUGUGUGAUGACUGUCAACACAACACCACUGGACGCUACUGUCACAUUUGUAAAGAAAACUUUUACAGAGAGAGUGGAAAAAGUUUGAGUGCUCGUGAUGUGUGUUCACCAUGUGGRUGYACUGGGCCUGGUGUCUUGCCAAACGAAAAUGACUGUGUAAAGGAUGACUCGAUAGUUGGGGYUAAAGAAGGACAGUGUGGAUGCAAAAACUACACACAAGGACGGCAAUGCGAUGAAUGUAAGCCAGGCUACKUUGAUUUGAAGAGUAGCCAUGUAACAGGUUGUGUUUCAUGUCAGUGCAACACAGCUGGUACUGUUAGUGGUAAUACAUCAUGUCACGCAACUACCGGUCAGUGUCACUGCAAGAGUAACGUCACAGGAAUAAAGUGUGACACCUGUCGAUCUGGUUUCUUUGGACUGAGUUCUUUKGAACCUACRGGAUGURAAGYUUGUGGUUGCGACCCAUUCGGCUCUUUAAACACCCUUUGYGAUACGACCACUGGCCAGUGUAGCUGUAAGGCAGGCUCAACUGGGCGUCGUUGUGAUCAGUGUGCAAAUGGUUAUCACAGUCUAGGAAGAGAUGGUUGUAAAUCGUGCAACUGUUCCUCAGCAGGAACACARCCCAAUUURCUAAGYACUUGUCAAAAAUCCGAUGGGCAGUGUUACUGUAAAACGUACGUCGAGGGRAAGAAAUGUGAUAUUUGCCRMAAGGGAUAUUYUAACCUCUCCUCUAAUCUUGAUGAUGGUUGUACACCCYGUACUUGUGACCCAAAGGGAACAGUCGGUAUGUCACGUCAGUGUGAAUUACUGUCAGGGAACUGUACAUGUAAACGUYAUGURAUCGGCAAGAACUGUAACCAGUGUCAGCCUGGGUAUUUCAACAUCAGUCUUAGUAAUCCUGUUGGUUGCCAACCCUGCAACUGCUUCCCCAAUGGAACUAAAGAACGUAUCCUUGAAUGUACCAGUAAUGGACAAUGUGACUGUCUCAGCAAUUUUCUUGGAAAGCGAUGUGAUGCCUGCGCUUCUGAGUACUACUGGAAUCCAUCUGGUAAAGGAUGUGUUCUGUGUAACUGCGAUGCUCGGGGAUCGAUUGGCACGAACUGUAACGUGUCAGGACAGUGUCAGUGUGAGCCUAACAUCGAAGGACUAAGGUGCGACAGGUGCUUACCAGGAAAUUACGGGUUUUCAAGUGGUAGAUGUCAGUCAUGUGGUUGUAAUGGAUCUGGAAGCAUGGACAAUACUUGUGAUGUCGAUACUGGCAAGUGCACCAGCUGUAAGAAGAACGUAGAGGGAAAUAAGUGUGACACGUGCAAAAGUGGAACGAUCAAUCUUCAAGCAAACAAUGAGUACGGAUGCAGUAGAGGUGAAUAAUGUCUUUGAGUUAUCAUUUGCACGUUCAGACAGGAUUUUGCUUUUCUGGUGCGUGUGUGCCUAAUUGGAAGGGUUUCAAGCCAUGGCAACCUCAACCGAUCAUCUCAAGAUCUCCCUCCCCAUCCCAAAGCAAAUGUUGUUCAUUCCCAUCACUGACAUCAUAUUUAGGACCCAUCCUUCCUGUUUACACCUUCUUUCAAACAAUCUUUAUUUAUUGCCAAAUUUGCAAAACUACACGCACGAGGCGCACGAGCUCCGUGCAAAAUCUCCGAAUAAUCUCCGAACAUGCGAAUUGAUAAAAACUGAUUCGAAGUUGAUUUGCYCGGCCUUUGGCACGAUAAACCCUUUACUAUAUAACUUCAAAGUAACUUAAAGCGAUUA